CGACGCCCCCACGCCAACAAUCUGCCUGACGCCCACAUUUUGCACGCCCUAGAGACCGUGGCGCACUCUCCCAUGGAUCGUCUAUGUGAUGAAGUCCUACAGCUCAUCCUUAACGAGCUCAGCAACCCUGUCGCAUUCACACUCAUCUCGAAACGCCAUCAUGAAUUCUCCAAGGACCCAUAUGUCCGCGCAUCCUAUUUUCUCGCUCGUUCGGGGCGCAUACAAGCACUCUACUGGGCUCUGGGCCGGGGGAAACUGCUAAACGAGCGGGUUAUUGACAUCCUAUUGAGUAGCGGCGCACAUCUGUCCCGGUAUCUCGUGCAAUGCGCCAUGCAUCACUAUUUCCGGACGCAAGUGCCGUUCAUCAAGACGCGUUGGGUGCGGACGAUACCCCUUCCCGUCUUCUCCUAUUUCCUCUCCAUCGCUGCACGCAUGUAUGGAGACAUACCCGUUGCCAAGGGCGAGGACGAUGGAUCGCUCUUGACUUUGCUGCUGAAGCAGAGUCGAUUUCCGUCAGAAUACCGCGCGGCGAAGUGGGAGCAGGUCAGGGACGUGGUCGAGAAGUACAAGUUUAUCCCCUUCUCAGAUAGGGAUCCCAUGAUGGCCCAGUUCCCACUGGUGCUCGCUAUCGAACCACGGUUACUGCCGCACGCACGGCAGAACGGCUUCAAUAUGGACCGCAAGUACCGCAACUUCGUGUUCCGCAGAAUGUUUGAGAAGCCGGCGAUUAUGUUUGAAUCCCGUGCGGAAGAGAUAGUGCAGAACGUCCGCGAGCUGUCGCGCCUCGACCCCGAUAUGUUUCUCAGCCGCACGGUCGCCGCGGAGAUCUGCAUGGAAGCGAAGACAAACGAACCGGCGUACACGGCCCUAAAGCGGCUCGACAAGGAAGGCGUCCUCAGAUUUGAGUUGGCGUCGGUCGUUGCAGAGCUUGUAAAGCUUUUCCUGAACACCCGUUCCGUGACAACGAGCUAUACUGCGAGCGUGCUGCGAGUGCUCUACAAGGACUUCCCGUCCGAGGACCCCACCGUUCGCCUGGUCCUGCUGCUAACCAUAUUCCUCUCGGAGUCGACCCCCGUGCCGUCAAGCCUAUCAAUCACCUCAGAACAGUCGGUCUCGUUAGCGCGAUACGUGGAAGCGUGCCACGACGAUAUUGAAGAGAUGAGCCUCGGACCGCUGACCCGGAAGGACAUCACCGACGUGCUGCUGAGCAAAUUCGUGCCCGAGCGCUUUGGGGGCAUCCUUGAGUACGCGCGCGCUAUCCUGAAGCUGGGCAAGGGCGAGAUGGACGGGAUUGUGACGGACGUUGCGCUCGGGUGCCUCGAGAUCGGGUGCAAGGGCCGGAUGCUCAAGAAGCUCGUCGAGGCGCACGAGUUCGCCGGGCCCGUGGUCGCGACACAAAUCGUGAAGCGCUACCGCAUUGACAUCGACGACUUGCCGCCGAUGGAGGACGAGAAGGCGUGCAAGGAGUACAGCGCGCCACUCUGCGUCGACCUUAUGCUGCGUGGGCGGGUACUGCUGGGCUUUGAGGAGGCUGCCGCCGCCGCGGGACCCACUGUGCAGAUGCCUGAACCUACAGAGCCACCGCAUGUGAUGGGUUCGGAGCAAGACACGGCCAUGGAGGGGAUGGGAGAGGAAGAUGCGGAAGAGGUGGAAGCUUUGACUGACAACGAGGAAGACCCCGACGACAGGGAUCCUGAAAGGGACGCAGACCACGAAGACCUGGGCACGAUUGGGCAAGACACACUCUCGGCUAUGAUCCGCAAGGACGAGAUGAUACCGACCCGCAGGCGGCGAUAUCAAGAGUUGUACACAAACUAUCAUGACAGCAUUGGCAAGCUGCCGUACCCCGCAGACUACACACAGGUCGGCACAUGGAUCCAGAACCAUUAUGGGCACCUCAGCGCGGCCGCGGCGGUGGUCCGGAUCCAUGCCGUUAUCAACCAGAACUAUAAUGUUCUGCACCAUCACCAGUACCCGACCGACGGCCAUGCCGUGGGGUGCCGCGUGCCGACGACCCUGAAGCAGUUCAAGAUCCUCGCGCGGCUAGGCAAGAGCCCGAGCAUGGGCCUGUACGACGACAUCGAGUGCGGGACCGAGUUUUACUUCAGCGAGGAGGACUACCUGAGCGCGGAGGACCUGAGUGGCGUCGUCCCUGCCCCAGGAAAGAAGACGCGGCGAUCGCGGGCGAUCAAGUGCGAGACGAGUCCGACACCUGCGCCACCCUCCUCUGCCGGCGCCGGGCCGUCCACGUUGGCAAAGACGGAGGGCGUACCGGCGAGUAAGCGGCCGCGACGGAGCGUCGCGACGAGCGUGAAGUCGUACGUGGUGCCAGAUAGCGACGACGAGGGCAUCGCGGACGGACGGGACGACUCGCUGCAGCGGUUCGCGAAGAAGAGGCGGGCAGAGUCGAACAUGCAGCGCUGGAUCAAGCACCUCGCAAUUAUGCUCAAGGAUGAGCAGAAGAAGUACAACGAGCGGAAACGCCGGAUACACGCUGCAACACCACCAGGGUCCAAGGUCAAGGUGCCGAAGACGGAGUUCCACAAGUCGCUCGCGUUCAAUCUGCCGCGGCUGCGCCGGAUCGACCGGGCCAAGCGCGAGAAGCUGUACGGGACGGACGUGCCUGACGAAGACCACAGCGAGAGCGACGAAGACGAGUAUCAGUACCGGACCACGCGCGCGAAGCGGCGCAAGGUGGACGACAGGGACUAGACCGGAAUGGGCGGCGCGGCGGAAGAAGCCCCGCUCUUCCCCGCUCGCGCUGCGCCCGGCUUCGGUGGUUCGACGACGUGCAUAUUUGACUCCUUUGGGGCCCACAGAACGAUGGACACGCCACGCACGCUUUCUCUCUGGUUCUCUCACUCAUAGCUACGACACCGCAUUCUCACUCGCAUUAGCAUCGACCAUCAUCUCACACACUCUCGACGGUUUCCGGGCCCCCGGGCUGAGCGGGGCCUCGCUGGAUUUGUUAUCUGCAUCUGCAUUUUUCACGGCUCGCACUCUGUCUGCAUGAACUCUAAUCGUAUAGUCUAAUGUCAACGUAGUCACGAAAAUAAUACGAGCACGGA